AGUGUUGGGCUCGAUCCGGAACCAUGCCAAAAGCAGAACUUGCCCAAUUCAAAGCCUCCGAUGGCCCUGGCAAAUUCCUGGCAGCGUGGGCAGAGUUCCGUGAUCAGGACGCCUUCGUGAUAGUCGGGGAUGACAAACUUGAGAUGGACGAUCUUGAUGCGGCUUCCAGGGACGAUAUCAUUCAGAAGAACGAAGCAGUUCUGUUGAAGACACUUGAGGCCUGCGAGGCCACGGGGAGAAUCCUGACGGUUGAAGAGUUGGAGUUGUGCAUGAUGUCCAAGUUCCAAGAAUAUGACCUUGCCACCGGUCACGCCCAAGCUUCCGCUUUGAAGUCCAUGGUAUGCUGGGUUGUGCGGCAGAAGAAACGGGCCUCGGGAACAAGGAAAGAUCGCAUGUGGCUGGAGACGUUGAAGGGUGCAGUGGGGCCGGAGCUGCAGAAGAAGAAGUUUGAACGAAAACCUUCUUCCAACCCAUCUGAGCAAGCUGCUGAGAAAACAUCCCGUGCAGGUUCGACAGUGGACCAGCUUGAUACCUUGCCAAUGGAGGAGAUUGGGGAGUUGCAGUCAAAACCUAGUCACAUUGCCAAGGUUCAGCAAAUCCCUUGCCUAGAGCCACCUGUCUGCCUUCCCGCGGUUUUGGUGGAUUUAGAAGUCAACCCUCUUGCUGGACUGGAUCCGUGGGCGCAGCACAAGAAGCAAUUCAAAGCUGCGAAGGAUGGCGCCAACGGAGGUGGCGCUCACGAUGAGCCGGAGGAGGCGCCCCGUGAUAAAUUUGGUGAUGGGCCUUUUUUCAGGGACGCGAGCCACGAGGAGCCUGGCGUCAAUGUUGGUGGGGAUGAGGAAGCUCCUGCCGCAUGUGACGCGAGUCUGGCUGAGGCGGCAAAGACAUGUGAUUCCAGUGCUACAGCUGCAGGCGCACAGGAGAUAGUCCGCAAAGUUGUGCAUUUUCCUAUGAACAAGAAGUGGUAUUCCGCUAUCAAGUCUGGGGUCAAAUUCUGGGAGUUCAGACGGGCUUCUUCAUGGGAGAAGAGAAUCAGUGGGGCGACCCAUGCAGUCUUCCGAAUGGGCUAUACCAAAGAAGUCCUUGGACCAACGAGAAUCUUGGAGACGAAAACCCUCAGCAUUGAAGCCGCUCGACAAAUGGGAUGCCCGGUCGACGACAAGAACUACUUCGAUGAUGGUGAGAUCAUUGGAGUGCGGUUCGCGCCUUUUCAGGAAAGUCACGGUGAGACUGUUUCAGAGGUGCCAAUGCACAGUUCCAAUCCGAAGGCGGAGACAUUUCACGCCAACGAGAAUGUGCAACGCGAACCUGGACAAGAUGAUAUGCCUGAUGAGUCAGCCGACAAGGGGAAAAAGCGGAAGGCCAGUCAGGACAGUGGUCCAUUGUGGUUGGCGUAUCAGCAGUUCAUGUCAAAGGCCAGAGAGAUGGGCUAUACGAACGCUGCUGGAAAUCUUCUUUGGAUGAAAUCGACGGUUCGAGAGGCACUGAUUUCAACUUUGUCUGACGCGGAGAAGAGGAAGCGAAAGCUGAACUAAGUCCCAGGGGCAUGACGUAUCCUCAUGGGCUGGUGGGGCAGCUCUGCAGCCUGCUAUCUUCUGUGGUGUCAAGGGGG